AAUCUUUCCAUUCAUUCGCAAAAAACCAAGCGUCCGCGUCGAUCCUAAACGCCACCGGAGAUCCGUAACAUUUUGUUCGUUCGGUUCGAUUUCUCGUUUCGGUUUGGGUGGAUGUUAUAGCAAACAGGCUACCUCCGGUUUCUGCUUUCUGGUUGGCGCUCAGUUCUGUUGUCCUCGUAGCCGUAUAGUUUGCCUUCCCUUUUUGGAUUACCAGCAACACCAGCCACCAGCCGAUAGACAGCGCGGAAACAAAUAUAUAUUUGACUUACUGUUCAUCUAUAAAGCGUUCGCCUAAGACGUGUGUUAUCAUCAUCACUCGCGAUUGUUCUGCGUUGUGCACCGAAAGUCAUCAACACCGCGUUGAACGAGUCACACAAGCUUGAGUGAAGUGAGUAAUCGAACGAAUCGAUUGCUGGAAGAAGAAAAAAAGCCCAAAAAGUGCGCUGAUGAUUCAUAGCCGUCUGCUUGCAGGCUGGAACCACAGUGGUGAUUCAGUUUUCAUCAUCCAUAGGCAAGUGGUUUCGAAGUAGGCGCGCGCACUAUUGUGUGUCGUGUCAGUGGAAGUGGAUCAUCGUAGCGAAGACGGCGAACGGAAACACGGCUGAAUCACGUCAGCUGAAGCAUUUUCCAUAGCAGUGCUGCUUUCCGUAAGAAAAGCGUGUAAAGAGUGAUUGGGUUGCCCUGUCGUAAGAUUCAUAUCCAGUAGGGGAAGAAGAAACACAGCACAAACCCUUGGCGGUUUAGCAGUAGCCCCGUGCAUGGAAUACACAGUGAUCCAGGGCUAGUACGAAGCAAGUUUCUUCUAGUGUCCGCACUGGGUUGUUGCGUUAACAACCUCGAUCGUGAAACAAACAAGUUCGCAGAACAGCGAAUACAAGUGAGGGAGGAAGAGUGAGAGGAGAGGUGGAUGCGAAAAAAAUACCUUACAUAACGAGGCUCUCUUAUAAUGAUGAGCGCACGCGAGUGCAUACUGCAGGUGUGAUUCAUUUCGGUUUCAGCAAGUCGGCAAUCUAGUGUAGAGAGGAGUAACACAAAACAAGAAGAAAAAGAAAAACAGCUGCCACUAUUGCGUGUUCUGCUAGUAGUCGUGUGCAAAUCGCAUCAACGCCAGUGCCUCCCAGCUGUAAAACCGUUCGGUGGCACAUCAUUCUUCGUACAAUUGGCGCUCGUUAAGCUGCGUAAGCUGCGCAAAGCGAAGCGAUCUGGCUAAGCAUCUACCAAGUCGCGAAUGUCGCAUCGUGGUAAUAGUUCGUUGUUCUUGACAUCCGCGAGUGAGUUCGGUGUUUUAUCGACCAAGUGUGGAUGUGUGUACGUGCCUAAAGCUCUUGUUGAAUAGUGACGUGAAAGUUCCCUCCCCUCCCUUCCCCCCGUAUCCCUCAAGAUCACCUGUUAGGGCCACCCCCUAGUAGUGCCUUGUCCACCCACCGGUGACCAUCAAGUGUAAAGAUAAAUACAAUCACCGCAACUGACAGGCGCCCCGGACCCAGCUGCCCGAGUGACGCCGACGACGACGAACCGCUAGCAGCGGGCGCAGCCUCAUCCGUCACGCCGGGCAGUACCGGGCGCAGCAGCAGCAGCACCAGCAACCCCUUCAAAACGUCCAGCAAAAUGAGAAUGAAACAUAAAUCGCCCUGCCUGAUGCUACGGUUUAUGCCGACAGACAAACACGCCAUCCACGGUCAGCACAAACGGCACAAAGAUAGUUGCGAUGAUUCAUCCAUUGCCUCCAGCACCCGAGUACCUCUGGCGCGCAGCUGCUCUAGUCCUGCGGUAGCGUAUGACAUCGAAUCGCACCCAGCAUCACACGUUUUCCCCCAUCUGCUGCUCGGCAACGGUCGGGACGCGAUCGAUCCGUCAACUGUCGGUGCAAACUGCGUACUUAACGUCACCUGCCAGCAGCCGAGUGGUCAGCUGAAGCCUGGCCUCAAGUACAAACAGAUCCCGGCCAGCGACACGCCGCAUCAAAACAUCAAGCAGUACUUCCAGGAAGCCUUCGACUUUAUCGAGGAAGCCCGGAAAAAGGGUUCGACCGUGCUGCUGCACUGUCAGGCUGGCAUUAGCCGCAGCGCUACGAUCGCGAUCGCCUACGUCAUGCGCUACAAGGGUCUGUCGCUGAUCGAGGCAUACCAGCUCGUGAAGCUUGCCCGCCCAAUCAUCUCUCCCAACCUCAACUUCAUGGGCCAGCUGCUCGAGCUGGAGCAAAAUCUAAUAGCGGAUGGCAAACUGGAACCGCCGCCACCGUCCCCGACGAUGGCUGCCCCACCGACCAGCCAGCCGCCGUUCUUCCUUAUCGAUAACUGCGGCAAGUUCAACCCGCUCAACGAAGAGGAGAUGGUGGCCACCCGCCGCCAGCUACGGUGUGCGGCGGCCGCCGCAGCAACCACGCAGGACGGGCUCACGGCCGAAGAGCCGGACACCCCAAUGGAGGGAGAUGCGGACGAUGAUUGCAAGAACAACAACAACCGUGACAGUGGAUGCAGUGUGGCCAGUUCGUCCUCAUCUGCCUCGUCCAGCUCCUCAUCGUCGCUGUCGACCGCCAGCUAUCGGUGCGGAUUCAACGGAGGUCGAUUUGUGCCACCACGGUUAACGCUGAAACUACCGACGUCACCGACGUCACCUCCUUCGUCCCCGUCGCCGCUAUCCGCGUCCUCCUCGUCUUCCGCGUCGUCGUCAUCCUGCUGCUCCACGUCCUCGCUGUCGUCCACGCCAUCGCCCACACUUGCCAUAUCGCCGACCAUGGGCGUACCGUUGACGAUGGGGGCUAGAAAGUUAGCGACCUUUAGCGUACCGCACCGACCAUCGAGCCUGGCGACAGGGCUGACACCGACGGCGACGGUACCGGGAUGCGGGACGCCAAACCCAUCAACCACCUGCCAUUCGCUGGAUGAUCAUCGCAACGCAAACGGUUCCUGAUGGGCUCGGAAACGGCGUAAAGCGUCCAAGCGCGGGAGAUAGUGAGAAUGGUAAAUGUGCACAACCGGCCGGUUUUGGGGAGCCGCAGCAGCAGUCAGUGUAUCAUUUGCUUCUCGUCCUUCUCGACAUCCUGUAAAUACAGUGUACACAGCAGUGCUGCACACAGAGGAAGGUUUAGUUUUGUACGGCUGCUAUAACAUAAUGCUUUAAAUACGGUGAACUAUGUGGGGAGCCACAAAGUCAAGCGUGUGAUAAAACUGGGAGAAGAUAACCACACCCCCCACUCUCCCAAUCCUACCCCGUUCCCUACGUUCUCACGUUAAACAGCGAUGAGUUGAAAAAGAGAUCACGGCUUGGGCAGCCUCAAUCUAAUCUGCUUUAAUUUCCUUAUUUUUAUGUACAUAGCUUCCCAGAUCGAUCUCGUCCGGUCGUGUCUAAUUCUAUUUUCUAUGUAAGCAAAAUCCUCCCUCCGUACUUUAUAAUUAGUGGAUGGAAAGCCCUACAUUGCUCUAGAGUUGAUUGCGCCAUUGCCUUAAAUCAGUACAACAGAGUUUUAUCAUUUCGGAUGUUUCGAUUUAUUUUUUUACUUCUUAAACUUCUUUUGAAAAAUAUCCUUCCCGUAUUCCACUCUAAUUUCAUAUCUGUAAAUGACCAAUCAUAUCCUGUUUCAAAGUCUUUGCGUUUUGGGCCAGCUUUUACCUAAUAGCCCAAGUGCAGCUCACGGUUAAAAGGCAAAUAAGGACAAAAAAACAAGCCAUAUCAUAAAAUGUAUGCGGCGAAACGUCAGCUCGCUUAAGUGUGCGCAUACCUGUUAAACGAUUCCUGUUAUACUGGAGAUAUAAAGUUGUGGAUCCACAGUUUGGGGAGCGUUACUUUAAAUUGGACGAAUAUGGUAUGAGUGCGUGCGUGUCAUAGAUAAAAGAAAGAGAAGUAUAUAUGAAUAUGAGAAGGAAAGAGAGAGAGAGAGAGAGAGAGAGAGAGAGAGAGAGCAACUCCCCCGUGUCAGAUGCAUUUAACUACGAAAGAAGCAGUACAAUAAUGUUGCACACAGUGAUCAUACACUCGGCUAACAACACAAAGCAUCAUCCGCGCGAAUGGCCCAGCACAACAGGAAAUGCAUUAGAUGGCGAUGAUAACUAUAUGACGGAAUCGACAAUAGAUAGCUUGUAUGUGUAGGGUAGGGAAUUGAAAUGUGCAGAAAACAGCAACACAACAAACAACAAUAUGCACGCACGCAUGCAUGCACGCACGAAUGUAGUUAAAUUAAACUUGUAAUAUAAAUGCGCGUACCUUAAAUUAGAUUUAAAUGGAUUUGAAAACACUAACGAGAGUUUAAAUAUCUGAAAAGAAAGCAAACAAAGAUGGGGCAGGCUGGACAGGAGGAUGGAUCGAACCAAUAUAGAACUAAAAGCGAGGAUAGUACAGUUAAGAUGUUUGAUGUGUGUGUGUAUGUGUGUGAUCCUUGUCAAAAUCUGCAACAAUACCUGCAGAAUGCAGAUGCACCAUGAUUGUGUGUGGGGUGCAGUUUUUUUCAGUCUCUGUUGUUUACUACUAUUCUUGUAAGAUAGAUGUAAAAAAUCCCACCAGACCAUAUAAUCGACCUGAUCGUCGUAAACAUGGUGAAAGCACAGGUGGGGUGUGGUGGUGGUGAUGAUGGAUGCUGCUGACGGGCGGGUUCAUAGUAAUAGGAUGUUUUUGGCAUGCAUGAUACUAUUGGUUGAUGGUUGAUGGCCAUCACCAUCGUAGCAUGAUGUG